GACCAGAUUGCCACCAUAAAAAUAGUCAAAAGUACUUUUUUGUGCCCAAAUAUGAAAUUUUGUAUUCUCUUGAACCUCUAGAUGAGAGCUGGCUGUGCAUAUUGACAUUCUGCUGCAGUUUGAAGGCACCCAUGGCAUUAUAUGCAAGAAUAAAUGAUUGGUGUCUGGUAAAUAAAUGGGCUCCGAGCGACAAGGCGCUUUCAAGAUUUCACACUUUUAUUGGUGCGAAACAACAAGUUAUUGGAAGCUUAUUGAUUUCUACACUUUAUAGUAUCUUUGAUCUCUCAUUUUUACUAAUUUGUUUAUUGUCUUGGAUGAAAUUGGAUUAUUUUGGCUUUGAAAUUGACAUUUUUGGGGUGAUAAAAAAAACAACACAAAAAAGACGUUAUCAAAAUUGCUUAGAGUAAAAAUAUUUAGCAAAUUCAUUCUUUCUCCACCCGGCAUAAGCCCCAUGUGCCUGUCCAUUUGGUUUGUUUUGGUAUUUUGUUGCAGAUAUUGAACACAAGAGCUUUAAAUCUUAAAGGGUCAUUUAGGCUUUUACAGGCCUAAAAUCGCCUUCUCGGACCGAAAACACCCGCGUGUGGAAAUAUGAUAUAAAAUGGCCAAAUGGACAGAUAAUCCAGCCAAACUUAAUAUAUUGGUGCAAUAUGAAUAGAAAGAUAAUAAUACGCAAGAAAAACCCAUUUUGAUCAAAGGAUAUUUCUGCUUUAGGUUACAAUAUACUAAAUCUUUUUGGAGUGCAAUGCUAUACUCUCUAAAAACAUGAACAUCAUUUAUUUGAAGACACGGUUCUCUGUAGGGUCACUUGCCAUGACUUUAUUUUAGUAUAUUUAUGUGUGCAUGUGGCAGGGAAAACAUUGUUGUUUACUAGAAAUUCACUUUUUUAUCUGAAGAUUGGAGACUACAUAAGACUUUGACAGAUGGCGGGAAAUCCUCAUGAACUGGAUAGAAGCCAGUAAAUAAAUGGCCGUAAAACAGUGACUUUUGAUUCGUGACGAGUUCUUUCUUACAUACCGCGUGACCUAUCUUGUUUAUUGCUUAAAUCAAUUCGGCUUGGAAUGCUCUUCGAGAAAAGGUAUGGUUAUGAGGGUCUCUAUGCGCAAAAGUUUGACUUUAUUUUUCGUUAAAGUUAUUGCUUUUACAUUGAAUUUGUGUAGGAAAUCUUUUGCUAUAUUGUGACCUUAACUAACUUUAGGUAAAAAUGAAAUAUCAUCUGCAAGUGCAAAAUAUAACUGGGGAAGCUUAUUUUUGGUCAUUUCUUAGCAAAAGAGAAGAAAAUAAGUGCAAUAAAUGCAUGAAUUCAGAUUAUUUGACCUGAAAUAGUUGUUUUUCAAGUUGACCCCCACCCUUACAUAGCCGAAUAAGGGCCAAACUGCUUUCCGACUUAAAUUCAAAGGCAUAUUGGUUGACCGUGUAGUGUUAAUGUGCUACAUGAAGUCAGAGUUCAACGCCAGGGACUCCGUGAUCCAGUAACGCAUCAAUAGCUUGUGCGUAAAGCAUGAACAUUCAAACAGAGCCCCAUUUCACGGACAUGGAAUGGCAGACAUUUUUACAGUAUGGACAGUGCAGCAGAUGCUUAACUGAGCCAGUUUUCAUAUUUAGUACAAUCAUGAAUAUAACAAGCUUUAUCACUUCAUAUUAUUCAUAGAAAUACACUUAAAAUACAUAAAUGCAUGUUUGUUUUUCAUUUUAUAUCUAUUUCUAUUGGGUAUUUUGACUUUUUCAGGUAGAGGAAUGUCUGCGACUAAGCCGAGGGCCACUGGAUAGGGGAUGUUGAUGGCAAAUCAAUUGGAGACUACAUAAGACUUUGACAGAUGGCGGGAAAUCCUCAUGAACUGGAUAGAAGCCGGUAGAGGAAUGUCUGCGACUAAGCCGAGGGCCACUGGAUAAGGGAUGAUGAUAGCAAAUCAGGAAAUAGUACUAAAUUACUAUCAUGUACACAAGCCAAUAAGCAUAUUCACGAUGCUUAAGGUAGAGGAAUGUCUGCGACUAAGCCGAGGGCCACUGGAUAAGGGAUGUUGAUGGCAAAUCAGAUUGGAGACUACAUAAGACUUUGACAGAUGGCGGGAUAUCCUCAUGAACUGGAUAGAAGCCGGGGGCAUGCGUAUACGUGAGCUUACCGCGUUAAAGUGAGAAAGUUGGAACAAAACUUCCAAGAUGGCGUCGUUUUAGUGUUUUUCGGGAAGGAGAAGCGGAUAUUUUCACCAGUUCCUAUCAAGACAGGUAUGCGACCAUUACCAGUGUGCACAGCACGAGUACUGAAGACGCUGUUGUUCCUGCUGCUCGUAGCGACUCUUGGCAUGUACGGAACGAUUGAGAUGAUGUUCAACAUGACCGGCCACCAAUACUGGCCCACAUUCUCCAUUGGAACUUGGCGUUCUCAAGAAAAUGACGGAAAGGCUACAUUUCAAAAUCACAGAACACUGGUUGACGUGAAGGAGGGCGUUAAAUCAAGCCGGGAACAUAGAAGUAACAAUAACUCAGUAAAACAUUCAAUAUUAUGGUACAAGAAACCAGACUGGAUUUGGCUUGAUCGCGCCAACGAGGAGAUUUCUAGAGUAUGCUCCUAUCAAAACUGCUUCAUGACUGACGAUGACACAGGUAUCAUCCAAAACCAUUCCGCCAUUGUGUUUACGAUGACUCAGCCAAAUAAGUUUUCGCCUCCAAUCCAAAGAGUCGACAGACGACCUGAUCAAGUAUGGAUAUUUUUCGGGUUAGAAUCGCCAAUAAAUCACAAACUUAAUGGUUAUAGACAUAGAAGCUGGUCGAACACGAUGAAUUGGUCCAUGUCCUAUCGCACUGAUUCGGAUAUCUUCUUCCCCUAUGGUAUGCUGGAAACAUUACAACCAGGUGUGAAGCCGGUUCAACCGAGUGUUUUUAGAAGGAAAACCAAGCAUGCCGCAUGGAUUGUGAGCCACUGUAGGGCGGAUAGUAUGAGGGACGAAUACGUACAGGAAAUGAUCGAUUUCGGUUUGAAGGUUGAUAUUUUCGGACGCUGCUCGGGAAGUGAAAAAAUUGACAUUUCUCAACUUAAAAGAACAAUCGAAAUGGACUACAAAUUCUAUCUGAGCUUCGAAAACAGCCAUUGUACGGACUAUAUUACGGAGAAAUUCUUCACCUACUUUCGAUGGGAAAUAGUUCUUGUUACGCGAGGCGGUGCAAACUACAGUCGUCUGCUACCCGAAAACACUUUCAUUGACACCGCGCGGUUUCAAUCCGCGAAAGAGUUAGUAGUGUAUCUAUUACAAAUAGCAGAUUCCGAAGACAAAUACUUAAAUUUUUUAAACGAGAAGUCAAAAUAUUUAUCGCCUGAUCGGGUUCCAUCGCCUUAUUGUAGCAUUUGCGAAAAAUUAAAUAGGCUGGAAGAAAACCGAAAAUCGUAUUCUGAUCACGUGACUUAUAUUCAUGAAGACAUGUGCUGGGCACCAAACGAUCUUUCUAAAUUCCACAUGUCAAUUACCAUGUAUUUACUGCUAGGAUGUUUCACUACCAUUUGUAUCCUCGGAUGUGUAUGGAAAUGGUGUAAAUAUUAAAAACAAUACUAACUUCAUUUUGUCUUUUGUUUCAGUGUAGCUGUCUUACCUAGCUUUUGACAUUUUCCAAUAAAAAAAAUUAGAAUCUUUUCCGCCAGUUAUAAAUAAAAAAAAAUUGUAUUUGUAAAAAACUGCGCGAAAAGCAAAACAUUAAAACUACAACAAUUUGACUUUUUACAAUAACAGAUAAUUUUUAUUAACGAUAUCUUUUGUGAAGAAUAGCGUAAACAUAAUUUUUAUUAUAGAUGGGCUAAUUAAAAAAUUUUAGGGAUGCAGAAUUGCAUUUCUACACUUUGUAAGCUUGGUGUUCAGCGUGAAACUAUUUGAUCUCCAAUGUAAAAUGCAAAGCGGAUACAACAGUUUCACACUAAACAAUUACUACACCAUUGCAUUCUGUGCAAUUGUACAUUUUAUGUCAUAAGAGUAUUGUUGUUCCCUAUUCUAUUAAUAUUUAUUUAAUAUUAAUUAUUCUGAUAAUAUAAAGAAAACAAUAAAAAAGAAUUAUUAAUUCUAUAUUAUUUUCAUAAUUAACCUUUACAAAUAUUAAAAGUAUUGAGUUUUGCAUAAACCGUCGUUCCAGAAGGUCAAUUGUGACAUCUCUUUAAAAGCGAUACAUUCCAUCUCGCAUAGUAUCAAUGUCUUUUUUUUAUUCUAUAAAAGACAUACAAUGUAUACAUGCGUAUGAUCAUAAGACAAAAAUAUACCAUGUAGUAGCAAUUAUGUUAAAAUAUGUUAUACAACAUAUGCUAAUAUAUACUUUUUUGUUUUUGUGGUUUCUUUUUGAUAAAAAAGGUUAAUAUGUAUUUAUUUUUUCUUUUGGUUGGUUGUAAAGAAAAUCAGAAUAGUUAUGAAUAAGGAUGAGUUGCAUAAAGUGGGUAGAAAGCAUUCUGGACUUUUUUAUGAAAGAUUAAUGUGUUUCCAUUAGCAUUAUUAACCUCUUGUAUUUUGAAGGUAUUUACCCCUAAACUGAAGUCUAAGAAGGAUAGUUUAAUUGUUGUUUCUCUAAAAAGAUUGUCAAUUGAUUCCAUAGAGAUUGAAUAUGCUUACACUCCCAGAAAAGGUGUUCUAUUGUUUCAAUAUGUUCACUACACAUAUCACAUAGAUUUGUAUUGGAUAGCUUGCACUUAAAAAGAUGUUUAUUUGUAGCUAUGAUUCUCUGGAUGUAUUUAUAUUGAAAGUUUCUCAGUGUGCUUUCAGUAGUUGAUUUAUAUGGCAUGACAAAUAUUUGUUUCCAAUUAUAUUCUUUUUCUUCAAGAAGGUUUUGCCAUUUAGUUUGAGCUUUAGAUAUUUCGGCAGGUUUUUUAAUUUAAAGUGUGUAAAAUAUUUUGUUCGUUUUGUUUUGUUUUGCAAUUAUGUUUCCUACGAAUGUUUUUUGAGUACAUGGUGUAUUAUUUGUAUUGGUUACAGCUUUUAUAUGUAUGGGUAUACUUUUGAUCAAUGUGUAGUACAUAAGGAAAUUAUUUGUAGGUAUUCCGAAUAUGUAGCAUACGUUAUCAAACGAAUAGAAGUCGUUUAUUCUGUAGUCGUACAAUUGAUCUACAUAUUUUAUGUUUCGUUCGAACCAAUGUUUAUAGAAACACGUUUUAUUGUUAGUAGUUAUGUCUUUAUUGUUCCAUAGAAUGAUUUUACUGUUUAUUUUGGUUUCUAAAUUAUGAGUAACUUUACACCAUGCCGAUAUACCAUUCCAUAGAAAUAUGUUUUUGGUUGAGAUUUCAUCUGGGAUAUUAUUGUCGAUAUUACAUUCAAAAAGUAAAGAGUCACCAUAUGUUUUAAGAAUUUUCUAGUAGAAUAAUUUCCAUUUACUCGUAUUGGUAUUAACUUAAUAUCUUUUUACCCAACUGCAUUUGAUUGCAUUCAGGAAAGAAUCUAUAUCCGUUAGUUUGAUACCUCCAUAUUCUACUGGUUGAAUUAAUUGAGUUCGCUUAAUUUUAUCAGGUUUACCGUCCCAUAUGAAAUUAAAUAUAUCUGAUUUUAUAUCUUUAAUAAUAUCAUUUUGUGGGUUUGGGAGAACUCUUAGUGUAUAAAUUAAUUUAGGGAGUACAAACGUUUUCAACACGGUAUUUUUUCCGAUAAGUGUAAGUUUACGAUGCUGUCAUGAUUUUUAGCAAUUUUUAAAUUUUUGUAAUUUAGGCAAUAACUUUUUUAGAAUUGUUUCAUUUUUAUUGUUUGUAAAGGUUAUUCUUAACGUUGUUGCUUCAUCUGAUGUCCAGUUGAAUUUCAUUUCUUUUUUGAGAUGAAUAUUACUUUAUUUAAAUUUGCCUACUCGUAGUACAGUGCAUUACAUUUGUUUUAGUUUAAGACCAGAUACCAUUUAAAAAGGGUUAGCGAUUUUAUAAGAUUAUUGAACGAGUCACUACUGUUAUUUAAAAAAUAAGUUGCAUCGUCAGCAAAAAGAGACUGUUUAAUUUCUUCAUUUGGUUCUAGCGAUAUUCCGUGUAUGUGUUUAUUCGAUUGGAUAUACUGUGAUAGAUACUCGAUGCAUAUAAUAAAUAGCGAGGAUGAAAGUGGAAAUCCUUGUCUUACCACUCGUUCGAUGUUAAAACUGUUUGAGAAAAAGCCAGUGUUGAUAAAUAUACUGUUAAUAUCGGUAUAAAAUAGUUAAACCCAUUUAAUAAGACGUUCACCAAAAUUCAUAUUAUAUUUUCCAGGCAAGAGAACAUAAACGAAUGGUGUAGUGAAUCAAAAGCUUUCUCAAAGUCUGCAAAGAAAAUUAGGCCAGAAUUAUUUGGUUGGUUGAAAUAAUUUAUACAUUCUUGUAUCAGACGUACGUUUUUACCAAUGUAACGUCCUUUAAUGAAACCAGAUAGAGAUCUUGAAAUGAUUGAUGGUAAUGUUUUUUUAAAUUCUGUUUGAUAUGCUUUUAGUUGCAAUUUAAGAAUCAUUGUUCAGUAAACUAAUCGGGCGCCAGUUUGAUAAGGUUUUCGAAUGAGUGCUAUUAUACCUUGUUUUGGUAGUGCAGUUAAGUUUUCGUUGUUAAAUGAAUAGUUAAGUGAAUUAUUUAAAUACGUUUUAAUACCAUUCCAGAUUUUUUUUUAUAAAAUUUGAUUGUGAUGCCAUCAGAUCAUGGACUUUUGUUAUUUUGCGUUUCUUUUAGUGCUUAUCCACAUUCAUUUUCAUUUAGUAAUCCGUCGCAUAGUAGUUUUUCUUCUUGAUUUAAAGCAUGAAGUGUAUUUUUAAAAAAGGUGUUAUUUUCAACAUGUUUUCGUUUAUACAGGGUUUCGAAAAAUAAACGUUGCUCUUCUAGUA